CACACGGCGCCUCGUCGUUGACGGAAGUCCAGAAUGAGUAGAUGUGAAGUGACGAAGAGGAGGAAAGUGACCGGGUUGUUUGGUUAACGGGAGCCGCCGCUCACGGUUUCUGCUCGCUCUUGCAUCUGCACACAGAAUGAGAGGCGAUGAAGAGACCAAAGCUGGCCGCAGCUUUCCUCUUCGUGUGCUGCCUGUUUGCCUACCUGAUGUUCGUUAAGCAUCACUACUCCACCUCCAAACCGGAGGCCUACAGACUACCUCCUCACCGCCAGCCCGACUCAGACCUCAGCGCAGAUGACGGGCCCACCUCUGAUGCUGGACGGCGCUUCCAGUACGGCAUCAUGUUUGAUGCUGGGAGCACUGGGACCAGAAUCCAUGUCUUUAAGUUCCAGAUAGAGGACAAAGGAGCUCCAAAGCUGGCCCAAGAGACGUUCAGAGCCAUCAAACCAGGGCUGUCAGCGUACGCCGACGAGCCGCAGCAGUGCACUGCAGGGAUCGUGGAGCUCUUGGAGGUCGCCAAGUCCAGCGUCCCCCCUUCGUACUGGACCUCCACCCCCGUGGUCCUGAAGGCGACGGCUGGGCUGCGUCUACUUCCUGGAGAGAAAGCCGACCAGCUGCUGGACAGAGUGAGGGCGCUGUUCCUGGAGUCUCCCUUCCUGUCCACAGAUGACAGCGUGUCCAUCAUGGACGGCACUGAUGAAGGUAUUUCUGCUUGGAUCACCGUCAACUUCCUCACAGGUGGUCUUCACAGUGCUCACUCGCCCACAGUGGGGAUGCUGGAUUUGGGAGGUGGGUCGACUCAGAUCACCUUCAGCCCUCAGGACGAGAAAACCAUCCAGACCUCACCUAUCGACUACAUCCGGACCUUCCAGAUGUUCAACCACCCACAUGUGGUCUACACUCACAGCUAUCUGGGUCUGGGCCUGAUGUCGGCUCGCCUCGCCAUCUUGGGAGGCGUCGGUGCCUCGCCCCGUACGUACCUGACUGAGCUGGUCAGCCCCUGCCUUGCUCCAGAGUACUCGGGCAGCUGGGAGCACGCUGACGUGGUCUACACUGUGAAAGGCCAGAGCACAGGGGAGCCGGUUUACGAGGCGUGCCUGAACAGAGUGGAGAAGGUUUUGUACCAGAAAGUGGCGAAGGCGUCCGGCGUGACCGACAUGGACUUCUACGCCUUCUCCUUCUACUACGACCGCGCCGUCGACAUUGGCGCCAUCGACGAGAAGCAGGGAGGAAGCAUCAGAGUGUCCGACUACACCGACGCAGCGAAGAAAGGGUGCAGCGACGCGUCCGUCGGUCCUCAGCGGAGCCCCUUCCUCUGUCUGGACCUGGUCUACAUCUCAGCCCUGCUGCAGGAGCUCGGCUUCCCUCCACACAAGCAGUUCAGGCUUGCGAGGACCAUCAACCAGGUGGAGACCAGCUGGGCUCUGGGCGCCACUUUCCACUACAUCGAGUCCCUGAAGACACACUGAAGCUCUGAGCUUUUAUUUUGAAAAGCCCGGGGUCCUGCUUACUCUGAACACAGCUGACUGAUAAUGUUUGUGCCAAAGCAGAAAUCUGAGCGGAUAAAAACGUGACGUGUGUGGAAGCGGCUCAUUCAGACCGGCGGUCAGGAGGCCGGCUGAACUCGCUACGGUCCCAGCGUGGUUCAUUAAUCGAUUAUUUCACAUUUUUAUGACAGAAAGGAUGCGGUGGAGCCAAGGGUUUGUGAGCCACUGAAGGGGAAAAUAAAACCCUGUUUAUGUGUUUGUUCUGUGGCUCCAUUAGAUAAACCUUUGUUAGUCCCACACGUGUUUGGUCACGGCACAAAGUUAACCAUUCAACACGUUAGUGCGCCUCUCUUUUAGGUUUCUGGGAUGUUGUUGGUAGUGUUGUGGGGUUUUCCGUAGAUGUGUCGGUUUCUUGCGAGUUCUGCGUCAGUGUUUUGGGAAUUCGGGUCGUUGUUUCUGAGCGUCGCCUGAAUGACCGUCAGCGUGUCGUCUCGCCUGAUCAAACUAAGCCGGGCUCAGUGUGAGCAGCUCGUUGGUGACUGAUUGUUUUUAUUCUGAAGGACUUCCUGUUUGUAUCCCUGUAGUUUCAUGAUGAGCACAUGUUUAAACGGUUCCUGGAGAAACCCGUCUCUCAGGUGCUGAGACCGUAAGAGUGAGUCACAUGACUUUGGCGCCUCCUCUGAUGUCAGCUGUUCCUGAGUGGAAGCUUCAGCAUGUGAAACUUUCACACAAGAUCAGGAUGAGACAAAGAAGGGUUAUUAUGAACUGUGAAUCAUGGCGAGCUGCUCUGUGAGAGCCUCAAAUAGACCUGAGUGUCCUUCUGUUGCGUGGAGAAGCUCCUCCUCUCUGUAACGUUCGUCUCAGUUUCGCUAAUGAUCAUCUUCAAACCACCGAAGCAGCAGCUGGGCUCUCAGCAGGCCAGAGCUACACCGGCUUAUUUCACACAGAGCGGCUCUGCAUCAGUCCCAAUGUUAAAUUGAAGAAUGUGAAAUGUUUUCCCUCAGCUGAUCCUGUGGUUCAUAUGAACGAUGUUUGCAGGUUUUUAAGGAUGAAGUUUUACAUUCUGAAUCAUAAACUCUGUAUUGUGAUCAAUAAUUCAUUGGAAUAAAAACUGGAAACAUUU